AUGAAAAAAUCUAAAUCAUUGAUUUUUUAUUUUUUUUUUAUUUUUUUUUUAUCUAUUCAAGUAAAUUCAAAUGAAUUAAAUAAAAAAGAAUAUGAUUGUUUGGUAAACUUUUUAACAAAUUUGGGAAAAAUAUCAAAUGUUGGUAAAAAUGAAAAAACAUUUGAAUAUGAAUUUUGUAAUCCCUUUUUUGUUUCAUUACCAACCGAAAUAAAAUGUAAUCAAGGUUCAAUCACUUAUUUAGAUACUGUUCAGUCAAAUAUUAGCUAUAUAAUUAAAGAUGAAUUAUUAUGUUUUGAUAAUAUUAAUUAUUUUUUACUUUCAAAUAUUAAUUAUGAUAGUGCCAUAUUUUUCAAUUCUUUCCCAAAGAGUUUAAAUAAAGUUAUUUUGACUGGAACGAAUUUACAAUUUUCCAAAGUUACAAAAGAUCUUCAAACGUUAUCGAUAUCAAUUAUUUCUCAAAAAAUUCCAACUACAUUAAAAUUUUCUUGGUUUUAUAAAACUACUCAAUUUAUUUUAUCAUCUACAAGUUUUUCAAGCAAUAAAACACAUUCAAUAGCAUUUGAAAAUGAUCUUAAAGAUUCUGAAAUUUGGGAAACUAAUUACUUUAAUAUUAUUUCAUUAAAUUUGCCAAAAUUUAAUAAUGUUAAAGGAUUUGUUCAAAUCGAGUUAAUAGAAGGAUAUAAUCAAACUUCGUGGUCUAAUAUUAAAGAGAUUGGGAAUGUAACAAAUAUCUAUAUUAGAACAAAUGAUUUAACAGAAUUUCCAAAUGAUCAUCUAUCAAAUAUCAGGUCUGAUUCGAUAGAGAAAAUAAAUUUUGAAGUUCCGUUUAAAUCUGUUAAAAAAAUGUGCGAUUUAUCAUCAAUAGGUAAAUCAAUUCAAAUUAUUUCCUUUUCAAAAUGUGGUAGAGAUUUUUCAUUUAAUGGUUUAAUGCCAAUAAUUUUACCAAAUAACCAAGAUUUUCAAUAUUUUUUUUUAAUUGGUGGCUAUAUUAAGAAUUUUGAUAUUUUGCAAUAUAAAAGUGCUGAAUAUAUUACAUUAAGCAAUAAUUUGAUGUCUGGUACCUUACCUUCAAUUAAUAGUUUUAAAUUCGGUAAAUUAAAAUAUAUUGAUAUUGGUUUUAAUUUAAUAACAGGUGAAUUGGAUGACUCAUAUUGUGAAUUUGAUAUUAUUGUAAACAAUAACUCAAUGACUGGAUUAAUUCCAACCUGUUUUACAUGUUUCUUUGGACUAACUGAAUUAAAUUUAAAAUCGAGAUUCAUUGGUAAUAAUUUUACAAAUUUAGAUCAACCUUCAUCUCCAUCAAUUAUUUCACCAAAUUUGAUUUUCUCAAAUAUUGAAAUAUUUCAAGGUCAACCUCAUUAUAAAUAUUAUAUCUUUGGUGAAAAUUUAGGUGGGGCUUGGAUUGAUGAAUCAAAUGCAGAGAUUAUUGGCUUUGAUGUGAAAUUUAGGGUAAUAAAACCAAAUAAACUAAUAUCACUUUACUCUCUUUCAUCAUUUUCUAGUAUUGUAACAUUUUCAUAUAGUAGAAUAAAUUCAAAUUAUAGAUUUACUUUAUCAGCAGAUUUAAUAACACCAAAAUUAAUAAAGGUUGAAUGGGUUAGUAAUUCUCAAGAUUUAGCUUUUGAAGGUUUUUAUUUUUCCUAUAAUAAAUCAAUAAUUAACAUUUCAAUUGGUGAUGUUAAUUGUCAAGUUACAAGUAGUACUUUUUAUAAUAUUAACUGUACUCUUUUGGCACCAAUAGAUCUUACUUUAAUUGAUAUUGUAUCAUUUAUAACAGUUGGUAAUUUAACAACUCAGUUCACUUUAAAUCCAGGUGUUACAAAUAAUUUACUAUAUUGUAUUAAUGGAUGUGGUGGAAAUGGAAUUUGUUUUUCCGAUAUUGGUAAAUGUAAAUGUGAUUCGACUCAUCAAGGUGAUGAUUGUUCAUUACCAUAUAUUGAAUGUCCAAUUAAUUGUACCAAUUUAAGUGUAUGUAAUAAUGUAACUGGUGAAUGUUCAUGUCCAUCAUUCUUAAUUUGGAGCGGUAUUGAUUGCUCAUUUCCAUUACAUACAAUAUCUGCAGUUUCACCAAGUGAUAUCAAUGGUGGUAGUGCUUCAAUUUAUGGUUGGUUUGGUAAUAUUCAUAAUGACCCACAAGUUUUCAUUGGUACUAAACAAUGUAUACCAAUUUAUAAUAUAUCUGAAAGUGAAAUUAUUUGUAAAGCACCACCAGGUACAGGUUUAAAAUCAGUAAGUGUAAUUCAAAAUUCAAUCAAUGUGACAUCAAAAGAUAUUUAUCAAUAUUAUUCAAAUGAUAAACAAUGUCCAAAUCAUUGUACAUCGACAUCAAAUGGCAUUUGUAAUACAACAACUGGAUAUUGUAAUUGUAUUGGAAGAUGGAGCGGUUAUGAUUGUAGUUUAUAUUCUAAUCCAAGUGGCGGUGGCGAUAAUAGUGGUGGAUUACCAGGAUCUAAUACAACAAUAGAUGGUAAUACUGGUAAUACAAAUAUUACACUGAUAGAUUUCAAUGGUAAUCAAAUCAAUGAAUAUCUAUUAUUAAAUAAAUGGUCAAUAAUUUCGAAUAUUAGUAAAACAGUUUACACAUUCAAUCAAUCAAUUCAAAAUGAUAAAUGUAAUAUCACAUAUACAAUUGAAGAAGUUAAUAAAGAUAGAGAUGUAUCAUUUGCGGGUAUUAAUUUUAAAUUAACAAGUGGAUCAGUUAAAAUGACAGUAUCAAUUGAAAAUUAUCAAUAUUCAAGUAAUUUAAAUACAUUACAAUUACAAAUGAAAUCAAGUGUAAAUGAAAUUCAAAUAAAUCAUGAAAUGAAUGAUUGUAACAAUGAUCAAAUUGAAAUCAAUAAUACACCAAAUCAAUAUAAUUCAUUAAAUUAUAUAACAAUUAAAAAAGAUGCAAAAGUUUUAAAUGGUAGAUUUAUAGACAGAAUCGAAAGUGAUGGUAUAUCAACAUUUAUGCAAACUGUAUUAGUAUCAAAAUCAAAUGACUCAAUUACAGUUGGUAUGAAUUUACCUCAUUGUACAAAGAAAUGUUUAUUAGAUCCUGAUUUCUCUGUAUUGGUUAGUCCUGAAUUCGUUGAUGAAUGUGAUAAUGAUCGAAAAUCCUUUUUUUUACCAGUUGUUAUAGUGGUUCCUAUUGUUUUUUUAAUUUUAAUAAUUAUUUUUGUAGUUAUUACUAUAAAAAAAAGAUAUGUUGAGAUAAUUAUAAUAAAUAAAAAUUUGAUUAACAGGAUUCAUUUUAAAAAAUUUUUAAAUAUCUUCCAAACAAAUCCAAAUAUCCAUUUUCUUUUUUUUAAAAACAAAUCAACACUGAAAAUUCUUAAGUUUGUACGGCCGUACACAAAGUAA